AUGGAUGCAUUGCAAAGCGUACGUUUGUAUCAUAUAUUUCAGGUCGUGGCAGAAAACAGAUUUCCAUUGAAAGGAGGUGAAAAAUGUGAGACCCCAGGAAAGUCCUUCUUACAGCGUUUUGGAAGAAGUGUGACCGUUCCCCUUUGGCUCCUCCUGAUUCUACUGGUUAUUAUCGUAUUAACCAUUGUUCUACCGCUCGUCCUUGGUGGCACAGGUGAAUGUCCGGCCCCUGUGACCACCCCCUCUGACCCCUGUGACGACGGCUGGAUCUGGUACAAGAAAAAAUGUUAUUAUUUCUCCACAAAUAUUACCGAGUGGGAGAAGAGCCAGGAGUUCUGUGUCUCCAGGAAUGCUACUCUUGCCAUUAUAGACUUAAGACCUGAACUGGAUUUCAUAAUCCGAUACAAAGGGCCUUCUGACCAUUGGAUUGGUCUAAAAAGGGAAAGUGAUGGAAAGUCGUGGAUUUGGGCAAAUGGCUCAGUCUUAAAGAAUAUUUCGCGGAGCACAGGUUCAUGGGAACUCGUCAACAAGGAUUUAAGGUUCCCGAUCGUCGGCGUUUCGGACUGUGUGCUGGUGAACAGCGGUCGCAUCUCCAGCGCUUCCUGUCACUCCGAUAAACACUGGAUCUGUAACAAGCCCGACGCUCACAAUUCUCAUUUUUAAUAGGAGACGCUAUAAGACUAAGUGCACAGAUAUAUGCAGUUGCCCCUCCCCCCCCCCCCCCCCCCCCCCCCAUAUACAGUAAAAUGGUGGCCUGUCCAGGUUCUCCCCACUGCAAGGCUACACUGCACUGACGAGUCCCAAAAAGGCAGAAAUAUUUGUGCAGGCGCUAGGGAGGGUCUCCAGCUGAUUCGCUCAGUUGAGCAUCUUGGAUCUUUGAGUCGUAUUCUGCAAAUUAGUUCACAAGGAACGGAAGAGAAGCUUUUGUAAAUUAAUUCACCCUUUGUAGCCCGCUGGCUCGGUAGACUAAUUGGGUGUAGCUGGUGCAGUAGUAUUCAUUUUUUUUAAGUUUGUAUUGUCUGUGCCUCGUGGGCUGUGGUUUGCACUGAAGUCUGCGGGGUGUAGAUACUUCCUGCACGAGUAUUUUUACUACUGUCGCCUUCUCUGGCAUGAAGUGCUCAAUGAGCAUCAUGUCCGAGCGAUAUGUGAUGAUCGGCCCUCUGCUGCAGUGGUCACGUAUCGGGACGGCUGUAGUGUCGGCUUCAACUCUUGAGGUAGAAUAGUGUUCAAAUCUUUAGAGUCUACUCCAACAUUCAGAAAACUAAAAAAAAUCCCUUUUAAGCUUUACUUUAUGGGUUAACCAACCGUAACCUACUCGUAUAUUAGAUGAGUAGGACUCUCGCCCCCCAGUGGAUGGGUUUUUCCAUUUGAUUACUCUUUUUUAAUAAUUUUUUAUUUAGAAUUAUUUGGCAAUCAACCUAAUACAUAGAGGGAUUUAAAGGGCAUCUGUCAGCAGUU